GAUACUUGUCUCUCUCAAAUGUAAAGUGGCAGGACGUUGCAGGCUCAAUGCUAAUCUUUCAGCUAGUUUGCAUGAACAUAACACUUCAAUAUGCAUGCUCGAGUUCUAACCAUUUCGAUGUCUUAGACUAUGGAGCUAUCAACAACAUCAACAACGACAGUUCUCAGGCAUUCUUAAAUGCUUGGAAAGUAGUAUGCAACUCGGAAGUAGACAAUCCGACAUUGCUUGUUCCAAGGUGGAAAUCAUUCCUGGUGAACCCCAUUGUUUUCACUGGCCCUUGCAAGCCAGAUAACAUCAACUUUCAGAUACUAGGGGAAAUAGUGGCACCUCCUUUACCUUCUGCCUGGGAAAAACAUGAUCCAAGCCAGUGGCUAGCAUUCAACGGAGUAAGAGGCCUUCGAGUUUAUGGCAGUGGCACAGUUAAUGGACAAGGCUUUGGUUGGUGGAAUCAAUCAUGUAAAUAUCACCCUGCCAUGAGUGGAUGCACCAAACUAGCUCCAACUGCAGUAAAGUUCCUUAGUUGUAAUGAGACUGCUCUGUCUGGAAUACACUUGAUCAACAGUUCACAGACGCACGUUACUUUAGUUGGAUGUGAUACAUUUCAUAUAGAUAAUCUGUUGAUUGAAGCUCCAGGGAACACCCCCAAUACUGAUGGCAUUCAUCUUCAGCAUGCUCGUAAUGUCAUCAUCACUAACACUGAAAUAGGGACAGGUGAUGAUUGUAUAUCAGUAGGAGAUUACACAUCCAACAUUGAUAUCUUGAAUGUUACAUGUGGACCGGGCCACGGAAUAAGCAUUGGUAGCUUAGGAAGAGGAGGAAACUAUGUUCAAGUGAGCAACAUUGUGGUAAAGAAUGUUUAUUUUAAGGGUACUACAAAUGGAGCUCGGAUCAAAACAUGGCAGGAAGGAAGAGGAUUUGUUCGACGAGUCAUAUUUGAGAACAUCUUCUUCAACACAGUGAAAAACCCACUAAUCAUAGAUCAACAUUAUGGUUCUAUCAAAGGUUCUCAAAUUAAGGAAAGUAUGGGAGUUUGGAUAUCUGAUGUGACCUACAGAAAUUUCUAUGGCACAUCUGCAAGUCAAGUGGCUAUCAAUCUAAACUGCAGUGAGUCACGAACCUGCAACCACAUAACACUAGAUUCAAUCAUGCUCUGGCCUGCUCCUCGGUUGGAUAAGGAAUUGACUUCUUAUUGCUCAAAUGGAUAUGGAGUUGCGAUUGGAGUUGUUCAUCCCCCUUCUUGUCUCCAACAAACAACAAAUAUGGCAAAGAUCAUAGACUUGUUGACGCGUAUCAAAGGGUAGUUUCUAACCAAGUAGGGGUGGAUAUGAACAAAACUGUCCAUGGACAAUUCGGAAUCGGUUUGGUAAAAGUUCGGCUCGAGCUCGGUUUGUUUGUUAAUGAAUCAAGCUUGAGCUUGAGCUUGAAAUUAUAGUUCGAUAACUAAAGGAAUUAAUUAAACUCAAAUUCAAUGGUGUUGGGCUGGAAACUCGUGAGUUCGUUAAGUUGAAGAAAAAUAAUUCGUGUUUAUGUGAUUGUUAUAUACUAUGCAUUAAUGCAUAUCCUUCAAUACUGCUAAUUCCUAAACGUUCAAUUGAGUGACAAAGAGGGAAUUUUUACGUAACUUGUCCAAGAGAAAUAUUGUUUUAAUGUUGAUUAAGAAAUUAGUAAUAUGUUA